CCCAACCCAUCGUAAAGUCUGUUCAGGUAGCAUAACAAUUACGCGCAAAUUCCUGUGUUUUAUUUUGCCUAUUAUUUCAAGACUUCCUGCCCUUGUUAUUCACUAAUAAGAGUUACUAGUUUAUCUCUGAAAGUAUGUGUUGAUAUAAGAUGAUAUCGAACCGAAUUUUGUACUCUUGUAAUAAAAUGUGUCAACUGUGGAAUAGCACACGUUCUCGGCAUAGCGAUUACCAAGGAACAACGCGAUUGGUUUUAAAUAAUCGGUCGUCACCAUUGACGGGAAUUCGGAACGUAUCAAGCAUGGACUAUAGGGAAGACCCGUCACAAAGGCCCGUAACAUCACUGUUCAAUGUCAGAAAAAUUAUCAAAUCAUCUGGACUCGAAUUUUCAGAAGGUUUCGCUUGUAUACGGACGGUUUGUCCGGUUUGCUCUGCAUUUCCGGAAAGUGUUAACAGUUCUGAGGUUAAAAAAGAAACUAUUUUUGUUAAUAAGACAACAGGAUGUUUCACUUGUUCAGCAUGCCAAUAUUUAGGACAUUGGGAAAAUCUUGAAAGGUUUUUUCUACCUCAUAUUAAAAGUGCCAAAACCGCGCAGGAAAUGAGAAAGUUGAAAGAUUCAUUUAUGUUAAAGAAAAAAUCCGGAGUGGAACGGACGAUUGAGUUUCCUAAUGAGUUGUUGGAUGUGGAUGAUACUUUAGCGGUUGAUAUUUGUGAGACGUUUAAAUUGAAGGAAAUUCCUACAACAAGUUUGGUUGCAAUAUCUUCACGAUGGGACGCAAAACAUCAGGAGUUAUAUGUUCCUCUACUAGAUGUCGAGUCGAGAUUAGUUGGCUAUAAAGUAAUUUACUUUUUGGAUGAUGGGACGCUAACGGAAAAAACUAUCCCUGAUUCAAAUUGUUCUGGAUUGAGCUGUCUGAAAUGUUCGACUACGAUAACCAAGGCUAGUUCUAAAGAGCAAACUAAUGCUAUUUUAGUUUUGAAUGUUCUGGAUUUGCUGGCGCUGAGCGCCGUUAAAAUAAAUGCAACUGCGAUUUGUCUUCCGCAUGACCUGAAAAGUUUACCUCAACAAUGCUUACCAGCAUUGGAACGAUUUCAAAAACUUACUUUAUGGUUCAACUACGACACCGCUGGUUGGGACACGGCACGGAAUUAUGCUAAAAAACUGGAUGAACGAAGGUGCCUGUUUGUACGUCCCACUGAUGCGCAUCCAACUCCUGCUAAAGCUUUAUCUUUAGGAUUAGAUUUGAAAUCAAUCUAUUCAAAAGCACAACCUAUUCUGCAUCAAUCUAUUACCACCUUUCAUGCUUUGCGCCAAGACGUGUUAAGUGACUUGCAAAAUAUCGACAAAGUCCAAGGUGUCAAGUGGAAACGUUACCCGACGUUGAAUAAACUUUUAAAAGGACAUCGUAAAGGUGAGCUAACAGUGCUUACUGGGCCAACUGGCUGUGGAAAAACUACCUUUAUGUCAGAUUACUCGUUAGAUCUUGUACUGCAAGGAGUAUCAACUCUGUGGGGCUCUUUCGAAAUCCGCAACACUCGUUUGGCAUCAACGUUGUUGCGACAAAUGGCGGGCCGGCCGUUAGACGUGAACCUAUCUGAGUUCGACCAUUGGGCAGAUGAGUUUGAAAGACUCCCGUUAUACUUUAUGACCUUCCAUGGACAGCAACCAAUCAAAGUUGUUAUGGAUGCAAUCGAACAUGCUCAGUAUGUGCAUGACAUUCAGCAUGUUAUUAUUGAUAAUUUACAGUUUAUGAUGGGCGUCUCAGAAGAAAGUAAGCAUGCAGAUCGAUACUGGAAACAGGAUGCUAUUAUUGCAUCGUUUCGUUCGUUUGCAACUCGCAAAAACUGCCAUGUAACACUAGUCAUACAUCCUCGAAAAGAGCGCGACACCGAAGAUCUGACAACAAGUUCGAUUUUCGGUGGAGCCAAAGCUUCCCAGGAAGCGGACAAUGUGUUGAUUAUUCAGGACAAAAGGUUAACAUCGGUUAGAGGGAAAAAGUAUUUGCAAGUAGCUAAAAAUCGUUACAGUGGUGAUCUUGGAAUUAUGCCACUUGAAUUCGACAAAGCGAGUCUAAGUUACGCACAGAAAAGAAAAAAGACUGAACCGGCGGAAAACCAAUUAGAGGAAAUAAACAGUGAUUGUAGUUAGGAGUUACAUAUAUUA